AUGAUAUUAUGUAUUAAUGCAAAAACUAAAAAAGUUGAAAAUAGAGCAAUAUCAUUUAAAACAGUUAUAAAGGUUAUUACUUUUAUAGAAAAUUAUGCUAAACAACAUGGUUUGCCAUCUUCAG